GCCAGUGCUAGUGCGACAACUGCGACAGUGCGCAACGUGCGCAACGGAUCUAAUUUUGUAAAUAAGCGUGUAAAGUGUUUUCUAACGAAGAAAAUGAAUAGUACAUUGGAAAAUAUUAAUCCAAGAUUGUACAGAAAAGCGGACGAAAGGGAAGUCACUGCGAACGAUGAGGAUGAGGACAUUGUAGAUGAAUUCGACGCUCGGGAAAUUUUUGAUUUGAUCAGAAAUAUCAAUGAUCCCGAACAUCCUUUGACAUUAGAAGAAUUGAACGUGGUAGAACAAAGUUUAAUCGAGAUCGAUAACAAGGCAAAUACAGUCCGUGUAAUGUUUACUCCAACAAUACCACACUGCAGUAUGGCAACUUUAAUCGGUUUAUCAAUUAGAGUGCAAUUAUUACGUGUUUUGCCUUCAAGAUUUAAAGUUAAUGUAGAAAUCACACCAGGCACUCAUAUGUCAGAGACAGCUGUAAAUAAACAAUUGGCUGAUAAGGAAAGAAUAGCAGCAGCACUUGAAAACAGCCAUCUACUUGAGGUUGUUAACCAGUGCGUCAGGAUGAAGUCUUAACAGUAAUAUUACAAUUUUUAUAAUAUAUUAUAGACUUUAUUGACAUAUGAUAAAAGGGACAGUGUGACUCACCUGACCUUAGUGAGUGAUAAUUCACGAUGUGCAUUAGUAUGUGAUUUAUAAAUUGUUUUAAAUGUCAGUGAAUUGAAUA